AUGGCUGAUUUAACAAAUGUCCUCAAAACCGAACUUGGCGUAAAAGAUGAGGAACAUACUAAACAUCGUGAUCAUCAUGACAAAGUGAUUGUGCCCAGUAAAGCAGUAGACGUCGAUGUUACUCAUGCGUUACAAUCUCAACUUGGUCAUGGUAAAGAAGUCGAUGAAGAAGUUCAACAUGAAAAAACGCCAAAGAACAAAAAAUAA